AUGGAUCUCAACAGUAUUAAGGAUCAAGUCAGCAACCUCUCCCUUUACGAUCUGAAGGCAGGGGUACGGAAAGUUCAAAAUGUACUCCCUGAUGUUGGAGCCAGCCAAUUACUGAACGAGAUCAUGCCCAUGAUCUACAAGCGUUUCACGGAGAAAGCUGCUGAGGAGUGGAGACAAAUAUACAAGGCCCUUCAACUGUUGGAGUUUCUGAUCAAGAACGGCUCAGAAAGAGUCAUUGAUGAUGCUCGCUCACACCUUUCGCUCCUGAAAAUGCUACGUCAAUUUCACUACAUAGACCAGAACGGAAAAGACCAGGGCAUUAAUGUUCGCAAUCGAUCAAAAGAACUUGCAGAUCUGCUUGGUGAUGUAGAUCGUAUUCGAUCUGAGCGGAAGAAAGCAAGAGCGAAUAGGAACAAAUUUGGUGGUGUAGAAGGAGGAGCAAUGACAGGAGGCAUGGCUGGUGGUAGCAGAUAUGGCGGCUUUGGGAGUGAAGAAGCUAGCUAUGGCGGCUACAGCGGAGGUGUCUAUGGCGACGGUGGAGGCUUCGGUGGCAGAGAGCCAAAUUCGUUUCAAGAUUCGAGUAAUCGGAGAGAUCGAUAUCAAGAAUAUGAUGAAUAUGACGAGGAUGGAUCUGCAGCGCCGGCCCGGCGGAAACCAGAUGUUGAGGUCAAGGCGGAGAUGGAGAAGUCUGAGCGACCAAAGCCCAAGGAGCCAGAACAAGACCUGUUCUCAUUUGACGACGACGUCCCGCCUCAAACGCCCCCCAAAGAUUUCUCCUCCACCAGCAGCAAGCCAGCCUCCUUUUUAGCUGGGGGUGAACUUAGUUCGCUUCAGACCAACAACAAUGACGAUGACGACUUCGACGAUUUUCAAUCCGCAACGCCUAAGACAACAACGUCCUCCAAGCAAUCAAUUCCGCCUAGCGUCCUUGCCCCUGUACCAAUGGCACCCUCGCAAGGGACCAAUCUCAACAGCUUAGCCCCUGGCAAGUCACUGUCUCCUGCUCCCAGCUUCAGCAGCAACAUGGCAUCUACCAAUCCACCCUCUCUACCAAAUCAAAGCAUCUCAUCUCCUCCGGCUCCAAAUUACAACAUCAGCAUGUCCUCUCCACCUCCUAUGCAACCCAGGUCUUUCGUUUCACCACAAGUCAAAGCCCAACCCCAACCCCAACAGCCUAGGCAAACCUCAUACCAAGCCUCAGCGCCUAAUUAUUUCACAUCCGUACCAGCGCCGCAGCAGUCACAGCCACCCAACGCAUCUACAAUAGGCACAUCUCGGCCUACGAUUUCGUCUGCAAACUCCUUCAGCAACACCAAUUCAUCAGGUACUGCGUCAAAGCCCAGCGUAAGUGGAGGUGACGCAUUUGGCUCGUUAUGGUCAACGGCAUCAUCAACCGCAGGGAUCAAAAAGUCCAGCACUGGCAUCGCUGCUCAAGGCCCGAAUCUGGCGAGCAUGCAGCGUGAAAAGGCAAGCCAGGGAUUAUGGGGCCACAGCGCUUCUGGCAAAACCGUUGCACUGCCAAGCACCAUGGGGCCGGGGACAGGUUCAAGUGCUAAGAGUGGAGGUGCUUUAGAUGACUUGCUCGGCUAA